CUCUAAUUGUAAAUAUUGUCAAUGAAGUCUGAAAUUAGCUGACAUGACCAGUGGCUACUUUCUGUUUACGAAUUAACGGUGUAAGGAAUCAAUAACGCCUGAAUGGACAGUGCAUUUACAUAGAUACGAAAUACGAAUAAUUAGCUUUGUUUGUGAUUAAUUAUGCCUUCUCGAGGCGAAGAUAUACUUAAAGGCUUUCAGGUGUCUGUACCUGAUGUUGAACACGAGGCAAGAGUACCUAAAAAAAUUCUAAAAUGUCGUGCAAUAUCACGAGAAAUUAAUUUUAGUUCCGCAGAACCAAUGGAAAGGUUUAGGUUAGAGCAAAAGGUAUUGUUUAAAGGUAGAUGCUUGGAAGAAUGGUUCUUUGAAUUUGGAUUUGUCAUACCUAACAGCACUAAUACAUGGCAAAGUUUAAUCCAAGCUGCUCCUGAAAGCCAAAUGAUGCCAGCUAAUGUCUUAAAUGGGAAUGUUGUGAUAGAAACGAAAUUUUUCGACGACGAUCUAUUAGUCUCUACCAGCAAGGUUCGCCUUUUUUAUGUCUGAAUAUCUAUUCUAAUAACGAUACAUGGGUCCAACUAAUGUGUUUCGACAUGCACACAUGAGGAGGAAUACUAAAGAUGAUAAUAAUUUUUAACGAAGUUCAUAUUGAACAUUUUACUUCAUGCACCUACUGUGAUACGCACUGUGCUAAAUAUAUUUUCUCACAUUUUCAUGAGUAAAACAUAAAUAGCACUAUUUUCAGUUUUAUAUGAGCUAAUAAGAAGUUACCAUAGUAGUGCUUCAAAUAUAAAAUGUGCACUUUUAAGGCACAGUACAUUUUUAUUUAAACAUUAAUGAAUGUAGCAAAUUUUGUACAUAUUGUAAUACACUACACUGUUCUAAUAAAAAAGAUGUAUAAAGGUUUUAUGUCUUGAACAAUAUAUUCUGAUUUUCCCUUAUUCCUUUUCGUAAAAUAAAAGUUACAAUUAAAUAUCUUCAGAAUAUUAAAUAAAAACAAAUUUAAUGCAACAAGUUUGUAACUAUUGAAUUAUUAAAGUCGUAUUUUUGUAAAACGAUUGCAAAAACGUGAUAAAGAUUCCAUUUGAUAUCUCUUACGAUUAAUGUCGAAAGAUCGAUGACAACACGAUUGGCUAUCGUGUGAAUAUUAAUCUCUCCGAAAUCUGUUAAUGAGCAUAUGGGGAAAGUUAAAUAUACCGUUUGUCUACUGUACACUCAUGCUAUUGAUUCGUGGUGUAUAAGCAAUACAUUUUUGAGGCUUCACUACCCCUCUUGAGGGAGUUCAUGUUGAAUAUACUCAAUCCCCUACCCUAUCUACGUCGUACAGGUGUAAGGAAAAAAAGGAGGAAAAGAGAAAAGAAAUAGCAGAGUUGCGGAGUCGCUGUGGUACCCACACGAACUUCUCAACCUGGUAGUGAUUCAAUUACCAUUAGCCUAUCUUUCAUUCGGUGUACCGCCUGUCUCAUCUAUUCUGCGGCUAAUUAAUUAAACGACGGAAGCCAAAUAUUGCAAUGGAUUUAAAGGAAGAAGACGAAAGUGGAAACGAGAAUAGCAGGCAACUAUUUUUGGUGGGUGCACCGCGUGAUCCUCUAGUAUCCACUGGGGCGAUCGUAGCUUCCAAUGCAGCACCAGACGAGAUCAAUCCCGGAGGAGAUCUACAGUCGACUGCUCUGGCUGGUCUGAUAGGCGCUCAAUCUUCUUCAGUUUGCUUUCCUACAAAAUUCUGUAAGUGCACCCUGCCACCCCAGACCUGAUUUAAUUAACUGCCACUCUCUACCUGUCGGCUCGUAAGUUGGGGCAGUCCUCAAUUAAAUUAUUGCUAAAUGCAUUAAGCGAAUCGGCAGCCCUUGUUUUAAAUAGAGUUAGUGGUAAUCAGUUUAACAGUUAUGAACCAUUUUACGCCGCGUAAAUUCCACGUGAUUAAGUGUAGCGAUAGAACGUCAUGCAAAUCGUGUAUCAAUUCAUUAAUAUCCGUAAUGUUUCACAACGACUGUGCUUCGCUUUGAAACGAAACGAUCUUGCACAAAGUCUGUCGAAUAUCUGACAACGAAUGUUGAGAAGAAUGAAUAAAUUGUUGCAGCAUACGACUUUUCGCCAAGUCCGGGAAGCGAAGACAGGCAAUCCACUGGAGUUGGAAAAAGAAAGCAGCGGAGAUAUCGCACCACAUUCACCAACUUUCAAUUGGAGGAAUUAGAAAGAGCGUUUCAGAAAACACAUUACCCUGAUGUAUUUUUUAGGGAAGAACUUGCUCUACGUAUCCAACUGACAGAAGCCAGAGUGCAGGUAACGGCUCUGCGUUCUAUUGCCUCAGAAAAUGCGUCAUUGAUAGUAAUUACUCGAUACAAAAAAUUUGUUCAUAGGUAUGGUUUCAAAACAGAAGAGCAAAAUGGCGAAAACAAGAGAAACAAUGUAAAGUAACCACUCACUUGACUUCGCAUUUACCACCUUCUGAAUGUCAAGAAGUGCAACAACAGCAGCAACAGCAGC